AUGCUGUCAUUCAGGGACGUGGCCGUUGAUUUCUCCACAGAGGAGCAUGAAUACCUGGGCCCUGCUCAGUGGAAUCUGUAUAGGGAUGUGAUGCUGGAGAAUUACAGCAACCUCGUGUUCUUGGGCCUUUCUUCCUCCAAACCAUUACUGGUCCGUUUUCUGGAGAAAACCCCAGAGCUUUGGAAUGGGAAGAGACAACUUUUCUCCAUUUCCUUUUACUCACCAGGAAAGAAACCCUAUACCUGUAAGGAAUGUGGUAAAACCUUUGCUAGGAACUCACUUCUUACUCAACAUCUGAGAAUUCACACUGGAGAAAAACCCUACAAGUGUGAUAUAUGUGGCAAGGCCUUUUCUAUACCUUCCACACUUAUUAACCACCAGAAAAUUCAUAGUGGAGAGAAACCCUAUGAGUGUAAAGUAUGUGGCAAAAAGUUUUUGAGCCCUGCAGAUUACACAAAACACCAAAGAGUUCAUACUGGAGAGAAACCUUACAAGUGUGAAAAAUGUCAGAAACCCUUCAGUACUCUUUCAGACCUUAGUAAACACAGAGUUGUUCAUACUGGAGAGAAGCGUUAUACCUGUGACAAAUGCAACAAAGCCUAUAGUAGGAAUCACCACCUUCGUCGACACAAGAUAGCUCACAGUGGACAGAAAUCCUACACAUGCGAAGAAUGUGGCAAAAUGUUUUGCUAUUCUUCAGGCCUUAAAAGACAUCAAAGAAUUCAUUCUAAAGAGAGACCCUACAAGUGUGAGGAAUGUGGCAAAGCCUUUCCCAGUCCUUCAGAUGUCACUCAACAUGCAAGGACUCAUAAGAGAAUGAAGCAAUACACCUGUGAAGAGUGUGGUGAGUGCUUUACUGUUCAAACAACAUUUUCUAACCUCCGUAAAAUUCGUCUGGAGGGGAAACCAUCUGAAUGUGAAAGAUGUCGAAAGAGCUUUACAGAUCCUUUAUAACUAAAAACACACAAAAGUGUUCAGAUAGCUAGCUAGAAGAUGUGAAGGAUGUUGCAAAUGUUUUAUAUGUCAUUCAGUUGUUGCUCAACCUUACUCAAUUCACACCUGAGAGAAACCUUACACAUGUGCAGAAAAGGACCAGCGUUUUGCUAUUCCUUGUAUCUAUGUAAGCACUGGAAAAUCCAUUCUGAUGAGGAAGUCUACAAAAGCAAUCGAUGUGGCAAGUUCUUUACCUAUUCUUCACACCGUAAGAAUCCCCAGAGACUUCCUACCUCAUACAUGCUCCAUGUACAAACACUGUGUCAAAGUCUUGAAUAAUACUUCAGGUCUUUAUCAACACCAAAGAAUUGACAUAGGCAAGAAACACUGCAGCUGUGGAUGUCCUUGUUAGCUUCAAGGGUCGCUUCAUACAGUCUUUGGUUGACUGAGGACUCUCAGCAUGGUAUUUGACUUGAUUGUAUUUGCCUAUAGGCAUAUCUUUGGGGGUGUUUAGCCUUCAAUGGCUGAGCCAUCUCUCCAUCCUAGGGGGUGUUUUCUGUCAAAGGGUAAGGAGUGCCAACCAGGGCAAAUGUUUCAAGGCUAUAUAAGAGUUCUGGGUGCACAUAAAUGUGAUCAAGCAAGCAAGUAGUGUUCCUCUGUGAUAGUGGUUUUCAACAUUCCUAAUACUGCGACCCUUUAAAACAGUUCCUCAUGUUUAAUACAGUUCCAUAAAAUUAUUAUGUUGUUACUUCAUAACUGUAAUUUUCCUACUGUUAUGAAUUGGAAUAUAACCAUCUGAUAUGCAGGUGGCCUCAGGCGACCACUGUGGAAGGAUUGUUUGACCUUCCAGGUUGAGAGCACCUGUUGUAUGGUUUCUGCUCUAGCUCCCGUUCUGAUUUACCUGGUGGAUGACCUAUAACUUCUAAGCUGAAACAAGCCACUCCCCCUA